UCCCGUCCAGUUCCAGGAGCUCUAGCUCUGGAGCGGUGGUGGGCGGAGUGGAUUCCACAGCGGAGCUGAGGCCACCAGAUCUGGCACGGAUCGGUGGACUGGAGCCACCGCCAAGGCGACUGGAGUGGCGAUUUUGGCAGCAGUGGCGACGAUCUACUCGACCUGGAAGAGCGAGACCGCUCGUAGCGACGCUGGGGAUUUUGCAUUGGAUCCGAACGAAUGGUGAAAGUUUCGACUCUUAGAAGCGAAGCCUGUGACUCACAACACGAGACGUUACAGGUUUGCCUUGGAUGACGAUGCGCAACGUUGCUUCGUGCCUCUUGACAAAGGCUGCUAUGGGUACAAAAAAGGAUGGGAAGCCAAAUGUGAUCAUCAGACCAUAUACGCCCAUAAGUGAUCCGUACGUUCGUGGUCACUUUGAUUUACUUGUCAAGACUUACCCGCAAGAAAAAAUGAGCAAAUAUUUUGCCGCUCUUCGGCCCGGAGACACUUUGGAAAUGAAAAGCAAGCUCCCAUACAGCGCCAACAUGAAAGCACGUACUGGGAUGAUUGCAGGAGGUACCGGGAUCACACCGAUGUUUCAAGUGCUUAACGAGAUCUUAAAAAAUCCAGAAGAUAAAACACAGGUCUCGUUGAUCUAUGCCAACUUGACCCCGGACGACAUUCUACUCAAGAACGAGCUCGACAAACUCGCUGAAAAGCAUCCAAACUUCAAGGUUUUCUAUGUUGUCGAUAAGCCAACGCGUUACUGGGGAGGAGGAUCCGGCUUCAUCACGAAAGACAUCCUGGUGAAGGGACUACCACCUCCUUCGGACGGCAAUCUCAUCAUGGUGUGCGGGCCUCCAGGCCUCAUGAACCACAUCUCCGGCGAUAAAGCACCAGACAAAUCACAAGGACAAUUGACAGGUCUCUUGAAGAGCAUGGGUUACACCGAAGACCAAGUGUACAAGUUCUAGGCAUUCUUGGACAAGAACAACACAAUACAAUACAAAGCUCUUUAAAGUCA